AACACAACAAGCUUGACAAAUAAAAUAAAAAUCUAUCAUUUUUUUCAUUAUCUCCGCGAGUUGUCGUUUUCACUAUUUCAGUCUUUUAAGUAGCAGAAUCUUUUCUAUAUCAAAAUGAGUAGCUGGGAUAAUCAACAACGUGGAUGGGGACAGCAACGAGACGGUUCAUGGGACAGCGCACAAUCAAACAGUAACAGAGGAGGAGGCAGAGGCAGAGGUCGUGGUCGUGGUCGCGGUGGUGGCGGCGAUGCUGGAUCAGACGGCAGCGCACACAACAGUAGAUGGAAUGAGUACGCGCAGAUGAACGCAAGCCGACCACGUGGUGGCGGUGGCGGUGGACGCGGUUAUCGUCCUAGCAAGAACGCACCACAGAAUCGUAGCAACCAAUUUUCAGGCACAUGGCAUGAAGGCCCACCUUCCAGUAACAUCGACACAACUCGGCCAGAGGACGGGUCGAGCCAACAAAGCGGCUGGGGCUACAACACUAACCCCACCACCACCACCACCUCAUCUUCGUCUUCUUGGGGCACGGUGCCUUCUCAAGGACUAACCACAAGCAGCGGCUGGGAUGAAAACAAGGCUUCUGAGACUGCUACUACUAGUAAUGUUGGAUGGACCUCUUCGGCAAAAACUGGAUCUAGUGGUAACGGCUGGGGUUCCUCAGUAAAUGCACCAGCUAGCGAUAAUGGCUGGGGCAGCAAGGCCCUAGAUAGCAACAGCCAAUCUCAACCAAGUGGUGGAUGGGGCACGAACAAGUCUUCCAGCAGUACUUUGGGAGGUAGUACUUCGGGAGGUAGUACACAAGCAGCAACCGGCAGUGGCAGCAGCAGUUGGGGCGCAGCACCUGCACCUGCACCUGCAACAAGCAAUAGCGGUGCUCCGACUACGAACAAUCAGAGCUUGGGAAGCAGCACUCCCUCAAGCACAAGCGGAUGGGGCGCGCCAGCAGAAACUGGAGAUGACCAGUCAUCAGCCCGUCUGAGUGAAUGGGAUAAGCCAGCGCAAUCGACUAACAGCUUUGGUGUGUCUGGAUCUUGGGGUAACAUGCAGCUCGUUGAGCCAGCUUCCAACGGUUCCAAGGAUGAUGGCAGGGGCCAGUGGAAGGAUGGGAAGCAUGUCAUUGGCCAACGCGAUGAAAUAACAGAGGCGAAGUUGUUCGGAACGGCAGAUGAUAAGGAGUCGGUGCACACAGGCAUCAACUUUGACAAAUACGAAGACAUCCCCGUUGAAACAACUGGCGACAAUGUACCUCCUUGCAUCGAGAAAUUUACUAGUCCACCCAUCGACGAACACUUGCUGGAUAACAUCAAACUGGCACGCUACGCGACGCCAACGCCUGUUCAGAAAUACUCGAUUCCUAUUGUCACUGUAGGGCGCGAUCUUAUGGCGUGCGCACAGACAGGCUCUGGUAAAACAGCUGGGUUCUUGUUCCCAAUUCUUUCGAAUUUGUACUUUAAGGGACCCAGCACACCACCCAAGGAACGACCUGGCAGUUUCCGAAAAGCAUAUCCCGAGGUUUUAAUCCUUGCCCCAACACGUGAAUUAGCUCUGCAAAUUUACAACGAAGCCAAAAAGUUCACCUAUCGCUCGUUUGUCCGACCCUGUGUCGCUUAUGGUGGCGCGGAUAUUUCAGCACAAUUACGCUUGCUCGGCCGUGGAUGCAACUUGCUGGUGGCAACUCCAGGCCGACUUGUUGAUAUCUUGGAGCGCAGACGAUUGUCGUUAGCCAAUAUUCAGUAUCUCGUAUUAGAUGAGGCUGAUCGAAUGCUUGACAUGGGCUUCCAUCCACAAAUUCGGCGUAUCGUUGAAGAAGAGGAUAUGCCCGGCCCUGGCAAACGACAAACACUCAUGUUCUCUGCCACAUUUGCGGACGAUAUCCAGAUCUUGGCGCGCGACUUUUUGAAGGAUUACGUGUUUCUGUCCGUGGGUCGAGUUGGCGCCACAUCGGAGAAUAUCACACAGACAUUGGAACUUAUUGAAAAUGACAAUUUCAAGCGUCCCAAGCUGCUGGAAAUCCUCAAGGCCGAUCAGGAAAAGGGUUUGACACUCGUAUUUGUGGAAACAAAACGCAUGGCGGACUCUGUAUGCGACUACUUGCGACAAAACGGACUCCCUUCGACGGCCAUUCAUGGUGAUCGGGUUCAGUCAGAACGUGAGGAAGCUUUGCAGGCAUUUAAGUCUGGCUUUACACCUAUUAUGGUUGCCACUGCAGUAGCUGCUCGCGGCUUGGAUAUCCCCAACGUGACACAUGUUGUCUCUUUUGAUUUGCCUUCCGAUAUUGACGACUAUGUACAUCGCAUUGGCCGUACUGGACGUGCUGGCAACACAGGACGAGCCACAACAUUCUUUACCAGAGGCAAUCGAUACCUGGCACCAGCAAUGGUCACAUUACUCAAGGGUGCAAAUCAGGAAGUACCCUCAUGGCUGGAAACAUUGGCAGAGGAAGCAGCGGCCAACCCUUCUCCCCCUGGUGGUUUCCGAGGUGGACGUGGUGGACGUGGACGUGGUGGACGUGGUGGAGGUGGUAGACGCCGUUAUGACAGCGAUGAUGAUGACAUAGGUCCACGCAUGUCAUACAGAUAAAAAUUAAACGUGCAACUACCCACUAUUACAGAGCGAACUAGCAGCAAACAUAUAGGAAUGUGUGCUAUUAUCCUAUUCCGAUAUUCUUAUCUUCGCACUUUUUUUUUCUCUUCUUUUUUUUUGGCUUUCCUUUAACACCACGCAUUAUAAUGAAAAGUAACCAAUAUACUAUUUUGCUUCUA